UGACAUGGAUGAUAAAUUGCGUGUAUCCUCUCUCAAGAUUUGGUGCUGCUGAAUGCAUCGCAUCCGUUUUCGUCCAAGAGUUGGCCCCCAUUAAAACAAGACGCAGCCACAGAUUUGUCUCCAUGCGUCUUCAAUUCAACAAAAGGGAAGAAGCUGAUUGAGGCGUGCUAGAAGAGGGCUCACAGCAACGGAAAGAGAACACAGCACAGCAGCUUCAUUCCAGUCCGCUCUGAGAACGAAAUGGACUCCAUCACGGCCACCGGCGGCGCUGGCCGCAGCCGCAGCUUCGGCGGCGGCAGCAGUACAAGGACCGGGGCCGGCGAUGCUGAUGUGUUCGUGAGGGCGGGGGUGGACAACGAGGUGUACGUGCGGGCGGACAAGAUCGACCUGAAGAACCUGGACGUGCAGCUGGAGAAGACGCGGUCCAAGGUGUGGCUGGAGCACCAGCGGUCCGCGCCGCCGCGGCCGCAGCCGCUGCUCGAGUGGGAGAUCGACCUCGCCAAGCUCGACAUCCAGAACCAGAUCGCGCACGGCACGUUCGGCGUCGUCUACCGCGGCACCUACGACGGCCACGACGUCGCAGUGAAGGUGCUGGACUGGGGGCAGGAGGGGCAGGACACGGCGGCGAAGCACCGCGAGGCCUUCGAGAAGGAGGUCGUCGUCUGGCAGAAGCUUGACCACCCCAACGUCACCAAGUUUGUGGGUGCAUCGACGGGGACGUCCCAGCUGAAGAUCCCCAAGAAGGGCUCCUCCGCCGGCGCCGGCGGCCGCGCCGUGCCUAGCGAGUGCUGCGUGGUCGUCGUGGAGUUCCAGCACGGCGGCACGCUGAAGACGCUGCUGUACAACCACCGCGACAAGAAGCUGCCGUACAAGAAGGUCGUCCAGCUCGCGCUCGACCUCGCCAGAGGGCUGAGCUACCUGCACUCGAAGAAGAUCGUGCACCGGGACGUGAAGGCGGAGAACAUGCUGCUGGACCGGAAGCGGACGCUGAAGAUCGCCGACUUCGGGGUGGCGCGCGUGGAGGCGGGGAGCGAGAUGACGGGGCAGACGGGCACGCUGGGCUACAUGGCGCCGGAGGUGCUGCAGGGGCAGUCGUACGACCACAAGUGCGACGUGUACAGCUUCGGCAUCCUGCUGUGGGAAACCUACUGCUGCGCCAUGGCCUACCCCAACUACAGCCUCGCCGACAUCUCUUACCACGUCGUCAAGCUGGGGAUCCGGCCGGACAUCCCGCGGUGCUGCCCUCGAGCGCUGGCGGACAUCAUGGCGCGGUGCUGGGACGGGAACCCGGACAACCGGCCGGAGAUGUCGGAGGUGGUGGCGCAGCUGGAGAGGAUCGGCACCGCCAGCGGCAAGGGCAUGACGCCCGUCGACGACGUCGCGCAGGGGUGCUCCUGCUUCGGCUUCCCCCGCAGCGCCUAGCGAGUCAAGCUAGUAGUAAUAAGCAACAGCUCUCUGAACUUGUGUGUGGUCUGAAAUCCAUGAUCGCUCAAGACUUCGUUAUCUGCAGGGGCAGCCUUGGCAUGCAUCUCCGUUUUGGCGUUUUCUGUUUCUUAUCAGCUCUCAGC